AUGGACGACGACGGCGACGACGAGGACAGGGAGGAAGAAAUGAUGGAGGUAGUCGGGGAGGAGGAGAAGAAGGAUGAUGAUGAGGAUGAAGAGGAUGAUGAAGAGGACGACGACAACAAGGGCAAGGGCAAGGGCAAGGACAAGGACAAAGACAAGGACAAGGACAAGGACAAGGACAAGGACAAGGACAAGGACAAGGACAAGGACAAGGACAAAGACAAGGACAAAGACAAGGAAGAGGACGACGACGACAAGGACAGAGAAGAGGAGGAAGACAUGAACGACGACGGCGACGACGAGGACAGAGAGGAAGAAAUGAUGGAGGUCGUCGCGGAGGAGGAGAAGAAGGAUGAUGAUGAGGAUGAUGAGAAUGAAGAGGAUGACGACGACGACGACG